GUUGUAUGCUGGCGAGCUUCGUUGCUUUGGCCUGGAAACCGUGUUGUACGAGUUAUUUCCAUUAUGCUGUUGAUGACAACUUUCGGUGAGCUUGUGAUGCAGGCUUUGAACAUCAAUGCCAGCGAGUCGGGAGGCAUGUAUCAGGGAUCGCCAUACGGCAUCGCCGCCUCUAUGCUGUCUCUCAGCGUGAAUGUAUUUGCAACCAUUAUAGUGGCGUACAAGGCAUGGAAAUAUAGACCGACAAUGCGAUCACAUCUUUCCGGGGCCUCUUAUAGAACCAGAGUCGGGAAGGUCAUGGCCCUGCUCGUCGAAUCUGGAGUCAUAUACAUCAUCAUCUGGGUAAGC